AUGGCAGCUUACACAACUUUCAAGCUCUUCCUUCUUACAGCUCUUCUAGCCUUGACUAUGCCAUUCUUAGCCACAAGUGCUCGCCCUUUGAAUCCUAACAUAAUUCGGUCAAACUCGAACCUCGUAGCCAGGUUGAAUUUGGAUGAAGAAUCUGCCAACUGCUGGGACUCUUUGUUUCAGCUCCAGUCAUGUUCUAGUGAGGUUGUCAUGUUUUUUCUUAAUGGUGAGACUUACUUGGGUCACAGUUGCUGUGAAGCCAUUAGGACCAUUGAGCAUCAGUGUUGGCCUGCCUUACUUGGCACGCUAGGGUUUACCGUGGAAGAGACUGAUGUACUCAAGGGUUAUUGCGAUGAAGCCGAUCAUGUUAAAUCCCAGCCGUCAAAUCCACCAUCACCACCAUCAAGUCAUGAUCCUACUAAUGUGAAAGUUGUUCCUGGUUCGGAGAAGUUAGUCCCUUGA